AUUUAUGUCUGGUGCAUUAUUGUUGUGUUAAAAUUGAACGAAUAAACAUCGCAAUGAUUUGGUUGUUAUUGGUGCUUUUAUUGCUGUCGCUAGUCUACCUGUUCCAAAUAUACAAUCAAAGUUAUUGGAAACGCAGAAAUGUUUCAGGACCGAAACCUCGUCUUUUUGUCGGUAACCUCGGGGAGCUUCUGAUAUUGAAGAAAUCACUUUUGGAUAUCUACUACGAGAUUUAUAAUGAUUUCAAAAAUCUACCCUUUGUGGGCAUCUACAGGAUGGGAACUCCUUGUUUACUCAUACGAGAUCCGGAAUUAUAUAAAUGCAUAGCUGUGAAAAAUUUCAAAAACUUCUACAACAACGAUGUAGAAAUUGAUAAAAAGGUCGACCCUAUUUUUGGUAAAAACGCUUUCGCUCUUCGAGGCGCAGAAUGGAAGGCAACCAGAUCAACACUAACACCAUGCUUCACUAGUCAAAAAAUGAGAGUGAUAUUUCCAUUACUGGACACAAUUGGAAAACGUCUCGUUAAAUACAUCAACGAUCAAAUCGACGCAGGAGAAUCCUGUUUGGAAACCAAAGAACUUUCUACAAAAACAACUUUGGAAAAUGUAGCCAGUUGCGCGUUUGGCUUGGAGGGUCAAUGCUUCGAUAAUCCAAAUGCAGAAUUUCGUCAGAUCGCACAGGACUUUCUGUCUCCUGGAGGAUUACAAUCCAUAAAGUUCAUGCUUAUUAUGAUGUUCCCAGCCUUAUCCCGAUUGGUUUCUUUCAAGUUCGUAACUAAAGACGUCGAAGAACGUUUAACGAAAAUUGUAACAGACACGGUAGAAUACCGCGAAAAGAAUAAGAUAGAACGUCAAGACUUUCUGCAUGCCAUGAACCAGCUGCGUAAGACUCAUCCUGAAUUCACAAUGGCCGAUUUGGUAGCUCAAGCAUCCGGUUUCUUUGCCGAUGGCUACGAAACCAGCUCCAUCGUUAUGAGUUUCUUGCUUUACGAGUUAGCCUGCCAUCCGGAUAUACAGGAAAAGUUGAGGAGCGAGAUUCAAUCAAAAGUAAAGGAAAAUGGUGGUAAAGUGACAUACGAAAUGAUUCAAGAAAUGGAAUACUUGGAUGCUUGUUUCAAUGAAAACAUGAGAAAAACACCUAUAGCUGCGAUAUUAUUUAAGGCCUGCACAGCACCGUUUUCGCACACAUAUUCUGGUGAAUACGGCGAACAUUCGGUGUCGGUCGAGACUGGGACUCCUGUUAUAAUAUCACUGAAAGGUAUGUUCCUAGAUCCAAAAUACUUCCCUCAGCCAGAGAAGUAUAUGCCAGAGCGAUUCCUCAAGGAUAGUCAGGAUCCAGGUGUAGUUCGGGGUAUCUUCAAACCUUUUGGUGAUGGGCCCAGAAGUUGUUUAGGUCAGAAAUUUGGAAUUCUCCAGAUUAAGGUGGAUGUUAUUCAUAUCCUGUUAAACUUCAAACUUAGUUUUAACUCAAAAACGAAAUUACCUCUGAAGAUGGACCCCUUUUACGUAAUGCCAGCUCCUAUAGGGGGACUUUGGGUUAAUUUUGAAAAGAUUUAAUGAAUGUUUUUCAAAUUAAUAAAAAAUCAUUAUAUAUUGUAUUUACAAGAUAUAUAUUGUUAAGUGUUUCCACAGUAUGUGUUCAGUGUGUGUAAAAAUGUAAAAACACGGCAAAUUUUAUUUCUAAUAACAAUUAUAUAUUUAUAUAUUAUAUAUAUUAUAUUUCUU